CGUGAGUCAAAGACCACAGCGUGAGGAAACUGGUGCAAACUGUCUUUCACUCCACUGCUGCGCAGACAUGAAGAACAACAGCAGCCACAGCUCUUAUUUUCACUUAGCCCUUUUUACAGAUAUGGGCAGUUUAAGAUAUCUGUACUUCAGCCUGUGUUUUCUCAUCUACCUGCUCAUAAACUGUGCUAAUGUUGCCAUUAUCCUGACGGUGUGCCUGGAGAGGUCCCUGCAUCAGCCCAUGUAUGUUUUCAUUUGCUGCCUGUCCUUUAACUCCCUGCGCGGUGCGGCCGGCUUCUUCCCCAGGUUUUUAUCUGACCUCCUGUCCGACACUCAUUUCAUAUCCCGCCUGUCUUGCUUUGUCCAGGUGUUUGUGUUGUACAUGUAUGCCACCGGCGAAAUGGCCAUUCUCGGCAUCAUGGCCUAUGAUAGGUUCGUAGCUGUCUGCCAGCCUUUACGCUAUCGCAGCAAAAUGACAUUCAGGACGGUGCUGAGGCUCAUUGUCCUGGCCGAGCUCUACCCCGCCUUCAUCUGCAGCUGCUGCAUCUCCCUGACGAUCCGCCUGCCGCUGUGUGGGAUCAAGGUGCAGAGGUUAUUCUGCACCAACUGGCCUCUUGUCCGGCUGUCCUGCGUGGACACGGGUGUGAACAACAUAGCAGGUCUGCUAGCGAUGGUGGCAACCAUCUUCAUUCCCCUGCUGUUUGUCCUUUACAGCUACCUGCGGAUUCUGCUCGUCUCCAGGAGGAGCUCUCAUGAGCUGAGGGGGAAGGCGCUGCAGACCUGCUUGCCCCACAUUGUGACGUGUGUCAACUAUUCGGUUUGCUUUGUUGGGGAACUUUUACUGAAUCGCUUGAGAGACGAUGAAAUUAAUCCGCUUAUCGUUGUUGCUCUGUCUCUGGAGUUUUUAAUCAUCCCCCCGAUUGUUAACCCCCUGGUCUAUGGGCUGAAGCUGCCUCAGAUCAGGACGGUGGUGUUCAGAUAUUUUUCUAAGAUUUUUAAGAGGUUAAACAGAGGGAAUGGAUAG